AUGGUUGGAAAUAAUUUUACCCUAUUAGGCCGAUUUAAUUUUUACAUGGAUGAAAAAGCCAUGUUUGCUAGCUUCAUUCCAGAGAUAAUGGACAUUCUGGGAACGAGAAGCAAAUAUGGAGGGGCCUACAAAACUGAAGGUGGAAAAAAACACAUUGUACUGUGUGGCCACAUAACGUAUGAGUCGGUCACGAACUUCAUGUCGGACUUUCUGCACAAAGAUAGGGAGGACAUGGGCGUCGUUCUUGUUAUAAUGAACAGAAAAGAGCCAGAUUUGGAGCUGGAGGGCUUGUUCAAACGCCACCUGACCCAGGUGGAGUACUUCCAAGGGACUGUCAUGGACGCCAACGACCUCCAUCGUGUCAAUUGUAUUCAUUCUCUACCUACCGACCUACACGAGAAAGUUGACCAGCAAGUUUCAACUGACAGGUUGUGUUUCUUGAAGUUGAAGCUGCUGCUGAUCGCCAUCGAAGCUAAGCAGGAAGGCGCCGACGAGAGUUACAUCCUCAUCAACCCUAGGUACGACGUCAAACUCGAAUCCAACAUCAGGGGUUUCUUCAUUGCAGAGUCUGCUGAUGAAGUUAAGAGAGCCUAUUAUUAUUGCCAGUACUGUCACUACAACACGAUUGAUUACAAACAAAUCAAAAAGUGCCUUUGUAGGACAGGUUCGUUUAACGAGGAAUGA